AUGCUUCUUCUUCUUCUACUCUUUUAUGCUUCUCCAACUGUUUCGAGUUCAGAUUGGCUGACUCCACAGGAACAAAUUGCGGCGAGCUACACGUGUGGUAUGUGAACUUUCAGGCGCUCAGGAACGAUUGUCAGAUGUUUUCAGAUCCUGAAUGUUGGUUCAACGAAACGGAGAUCAACUCGACGUCCAUCGCUCAUUGGCCCGUCAAUUGCAGCACUGUCUGCGGUGUCAUUUCUUUGACUUUAUCUGCAGAUCUCUCCAUUUUCGAUCUGACUCCCUACUUCAAAAACUUGAAGGUUCUGAAAGGAGCUCUCUGGAUCACGAACACCGAAUACAAAAGCACUUCGUUUCUGUCCAGUCUCGAACAGAUUCAUUGUGAUCCUUGUGAGCUCUCCGUUCUUAAUUUCUCUCAAAAUCGCACUACUUUCAGUGGGUAUUUACAUAAAUUUGAACAAAAUCCUAGAGGAACUCGUGUUUGGAAACCUGACCAAUGUCACUUGUGACUUUUACGUCUACAACAACACUGUUCUGGAUGCGAGCCAGUUUUGUGCAGAUCAUGGAACGACCGCGAACAUGUACGUGUACGCUAACAUGAAAAAUUGUGAAGGUUGGAAAUUUAGAAACUCCGUCACAAUUGGUUUAUUUUCAGGAUGUGUUAGUGGUAGAAUCGACUUGGACACCGUGAAGAACUUCAAGAAUUGCACGUCACUUUUAGGUGGCACAACCAUCACAGACAUCUUUUUAUGGUCUGGAACUGAUAUGUCGCCGCUGAACAACGUGCAGAACAUCAGUGGAUCUUUCGAGUUGUGGAACACCGACGCUCCGAACCUGUCGUUUAUGAAGAGUUUGAAAUCGAUUCAGUCGAAUAGAUACUGGAAGUAUGACAUGGAUUUGCAUGAGAACUACAAUUUAACAAGGAUGGAAAUGAGUUCGUUGACGGUUCGUUUCGUUAAUUUCAUUUCGAUUGGAAUAACAUCUCAAUUUGAGACUCUAACCUCGAGCAAAGGAACGUUUCUGCUGAAUGUCCAGCAGGUGCACCCGGAUUUCUGUUUCACCACAGAUGAAAUGGACCUGUUCAUGAGGAACAACGUACAGUUUCAAACGAUCGAAGCAAAGUACUGUCAGAAUGAGACUAUCGAAGGCGUUUGUGACUUCGGAGGGAUGAGCAUUCUGGAGAGCAACUGCGUCGGAAUCCUGGGCAAAGUGGCCGUGAACUCGGGCGACGAAGGAUAUGUAGAGAAGCUGAAAACGGUGAAGAGCAUCUACGGAACACUGUCAAUUCAGAAUACAACGCUCACAAAUCUCAGUUUCCUCGCAAACCUUCAAUAUAUUGCAUCUCUAAAUGGUUUGGGAAUGUUCCAGCUAUCCCGUUUGCAUCUUCAUUUGAAUCAUUUCAGAUACUUCCACUGGCUUCCAAGUUACUUUCAACAAACAACUUCAGAAUUCCAGCCUACCCAGUCUUAGGGUAAAUUGAUCUGGUUUAAGUCAAGAAUGAUAAUACUUCAGAGAGUGUACUCUUUGAGCAAGUACCAAAUCUCAUUUCAAGACAACGGAGCGGGACUUUUGAAUAGUUCGGCUUGCCUCGCGUUGAUGGACAGUCUGAUCACUACUAACGUGCUCUUUGAUGGACAAGAAUGCGGUGAGAGAGAGAGAGAGAGAGGAUGAAGGUGUUCACAUGAUAUUAUGGCUAUCUUUUCAGAGGUUAUCGAUAGACAAGGCACCGUAGACAGUCAUUGUGAAGGGAGAUGUGGAGAUGUGCUAGUUCAGCUCAUUCUUGUUUUCUUUGUUAUUGGCACAAGAUUCUGAUAUCUCGAAGCACACUUCUCCAGUUUUUUAUAUUUAAACAAAUUUGUUUAUUCAAUUCACUGACUCUCGGCAGUUCUGAAACAUUACAAUGCAAAACCGCGACAUCUCGGAACCAAAGUUUCGAAAAGGACACUGGAACUCUGUCAUUUCAUUUGAAUCCGUUUCCAAGCCUCAUGUUCAGUUAUUUUCGGUCACUGAUGAAUUCGUUUGAUUCGUUUCUAUGGGUACCCGCAACGCACGCAUCACUCCGUCCGUAGUUUCACCUCAAAAAGAGUCUGGUUCGGGUGCUUUCAGCUGUGUGCGCAGGCGUGCGAAUGCGAAAUGACAAACAUAAUUAUAUUCUCACACCUGCCUUACUCAUUCUGUUCUCGCUUCAACUCAACUUUCUGAUUGGCAUUUCGAUCUUUUUGAAGCGGAAAAGAAGAAGAAGAAGAAGAGGAAGGCGUCGAAUGUUAGCGCUGAUAUUUCUGUUAUUCGGCUCAUCUUUAGCUCAAAAUGAAACUGCCAGUCUCCUUAAUUCACUUUGUGGUAAGAAUGCACAAAAAGGAAGUGUAUCACUCUCUCUCUCUCUCUCACUCUGUUCAGAUGACGUCUGCACAUUCGACCGGAGCAUUCUCUCGUCCGAAACUCUGAAGCAAUGGCCGAGGAAGUGCAGCACGGUGUGUGCCGACCUCUACAUUGGCCACGAGACAGAUCUGACCGAGGCUCAGCUCACUUCCGCCUUCAAAAACAUGAAAAUUCUUGUGGGCAGCUUAGUUGUGACUCGCACCAAAUACACGAGCGGAAGGUUUUUGGAGGGAUUGGAGAGUGUCGAGUGUGGUGAGUCAUGCAAACCUUUAGCGAAUCCACUUUAGAUGACGUGUUCAGAUGACAGCGUCUUUAUGUGGAUUCUAAACUCGAAGAUGACCGAGCUUGGGCUCGCUAACUUGACUUCCAUUUCGUGUCGAGUAUAUUUGGCUUCGAAUAAAGCCAUGACGCGAUUGAAUGUGCCGAACUUGAAAGUAACCGAACCGAUCGAUUCUAUUCAACAUCCCAAACCCAACGUUCAGAAAUUGGCGUCGCCGUCCCCGAACUACACCCGCGUAGACAUUGACAUCAACACUCUCUCGCCCGAUUUCUGUAUUACCAUCGAGGAAAUGACGAAUUUCUGUCAAUCAAAGAAACUUCGUUGA